GGCCGAGCCAUGCACUUAGUGACCGUCGUGCUCAGUCAGUCGACGCCGGUCUCCUUCAUGUUCGCUUAGACUUUAGUACUUGCUGGCUUCUGGUACAUCGAGCAGCCGGUCCGGCGUGCAGGAACUUUAUACAUCGUCUUGUACUAAGAACUCCCAAAACGUUCCCACUGUGUCAUACCAGCAUGAAAAUUUGGACGGAAAUGUACUAACAGCAGCGAUAUCACGGACGUGUGCUAGGUCAGCUGCCGAGCGCUCACCGAGGAUGCCACUCGUGUUGCGUGUCCCUGGGAUUGGUUGCUAAGCAUAUGAAUAUGUCAGCCCAAUUGACAUGAGAACACAUCUCAAGCCCUCAAACCACAUCCAACUUCAAACAUGAGUUUGUGCAAGCACUGCAUCCAAGGCGUUCGCCACGAGGGUGACUCUCAGGGAACGCUCAAGACCAUCGACGGUGUCGCUUGCUACGUCGCCACCCCUACCGUUGACUAUCCCAAGGAUAAAGUCAUCCUCCUCCUACCAGAUGUUUUUGGUAUCGAGCUCAGCAAUAACCAGCUUCUCGCAGAUGACUUUGCAAGAAACGGCUUUAAGGUCAUUGCAAUCGACUACCUUAACGGCGAUAGAAUUCCUCCUGAUGCUAUGAACGCUUCGUAUGAUUUCAUGGCAUGGCUCUCCAAGCACGGCGCAGACCAGACCCGCCCACCCCUCGACAAGGUCAUCGCUGCACUCAAAGCGGAAGGCGUCACCAAGUUUGGCGCAACUGGCUACUGCUUCGGCGGUCGUUACACUUUUGACCUUGCAUUCGACAACGUCAUCCAGUGCGCCGUGGUCUCCCACCCCUCACUCUUGAAGGUGCCUGAGGACCUCAAGAAGUACUUUUCCAAAUCACAAGCGCCUCUCCUGAUCAACUCCUGUGAAGUCGAUCAGAUGUUCCCUGCCGAAGCACAAACACAAGCCGAUGAAAUCUUUGGCGAUGGGAAAUUCGCCCCAGGGUACAAGCGCGAGUAUUUCCCUGGUUGCACGCAUGGGUUUGCUGUACGUGGGGAUAUGAGCGACCCGCUGAUCAAAGCUGGGAAAGAGGGCUCGUUCAAGGCUGCCGUGGAGUUCUUCCUGGAGCGCCUGUGAGCAGUCUGUCUGUCAUGAGAUUUGUGUGUGGUACGAUUCGAUCCGAAUAAAAAUUCAAUAUGCAAAGUACAAAGUACAAAACUAAGAUUGUCGCAUGACAU